GCACAGCGGUGAUUGACAGUUGGCGAACGACUGCGGACGGCGCAGGAUCUAAACGCUCAAGGCGCUCGCUCUCGUUGCCCUUAACCGCGGAUUAUUUCGUUUCGUCAAUUACCGGGAAUUUCAUUGUUAAACAAAAUUACAAAAGUUGAGUGCGAUAUAACGGAAUUAUUAAAUCAUUGAUUGUAGUAGCGGUGAUCAUUGUUUCAUCGAUAUCAACAAACAUCGAUAAUUGUUUUGUUUACGUUGGUUCUGUAUAUAUAUUUUUUUUUCGAAAAAUUUACGAGUCCGGUCAACAAAGCGCAGAGAGCUGUACGUGUUUACGGAUUGAUUAUUUUGGAGGUUAGUGUUCACCUGGGCAAACGCGCGGGAUAAUUGCUCAGCGGGGGGAAAAUAAAUUGUGGCGAGUGAAGUUCUGAGGGAAACGAUCGGGAAAUCGCUUUCCCAGUGGAGGACGUAGGGAAACUCUUUGGAGUUUCUAGCGACGUAGAGGAUUCUGAUCGUCAAGUGUGCGCCUCCGCGAGAAUUGAGCCGGUGCUCCGAUAUCGGAAAAAUCACCGGUGAAUUCAUUCUCUGGACCCCCCCUCCCCCCUCAUCACCAAGCCGCCGACCACCGUCGGAAAACACGAGGAUGUACAGCAGCUGCAGAGUGACACUGUGAUUUUAUUUAUUUUGGUUCAGUUCUGGUGGUGCUUUUUUUUUUUAUCAGUGAUAUCGUUGAUGAGAUUAUAAAUUUAUGAAGUAAAGGCAGUGACAGUGCGGAACAGUUGUGGGUGCUCGAAUCGAAUCGAUGGGGAUCGAUACGUGGGUCUGACAACAAAAUAUUUAUAUAUUUUUUUUUUUCACUGGAAUUGUUGAGAAAUUUCCGAAGGGAUGAGGAAGCAAGGGAACUCUGGAAAGCGUGCAACGCAGUGCUGACGCUGAUUAUGCAUCAGCGAUCGGAUUUAUCUGGGGUUUAGGACGGGGUCUGGAGUGUGAAGAGGGCACAGGGGCCCCAGGGUGGAGGGCGAAGGCACAGUCCACCCGUUUGUCGUUGGAGACAUAAAGAUUUUUGGCGUUUUGGAAAAGGUGGAGUUUUUCCAGUGAAUUGUCGGACCCAAGUGAUUUUAUUCGGAGUGCUUGGAGGAUUUUUUUUCGAGGUGGUUACUUGAAGUGGGAGAAGUGUGAAGUGAGACUUUUGUAUUUUUUUUUUGGGGGAUAAAACAGCCGCUACGGUGGCUCAGCACGCAGAGUUCCCCGGCGCGGCCAGGGCGUUCAUGGCGCAGCCAAGGUAUGACGAUGGCGGACUGCACGGGGGUUACCUCGAGGCAGGCGGUGGUGGUGGCACUGGCGGAUUAUACGAUCCACACGGUAAUGCAAGAGGUGUACCGGGUCUUCACCACAGUCCACACUUGGGUGGAAUGGGACCGGCACAUCCACAAUAUCCACCACCACCACAGCCACCACCGCAGCAUGUACUAGCAGCGGCAGCAGCGGCCGCUGCAUCAGCGGUACCUGACGUUCACAAACGCGACAAAGACGCCAUUUAUGGACACCCCCUGUUUCCACUACUCGCCCUAAUAUUCGAAAAGUGUGAGUUGGCAACGUGCACACCGAGAGAACCGGGUGUAGCUGGUGGUGAUGUAUGUUCGUCAGAGAGUUUCAACGAGGACAUUGCGGUCUUCUCAAAACAGAUCAGACAAGAGAAGCCAUAUUAUAUUGCAGACCCGGAGGUUGAUUCCUUGAUGGUACAAGCGAUUCAAGUCCUCCGGUUUCACCUCCUCGAGCUGGAAAAGGUUCACGAAUUGUGCGACAACUUCUGCCACCGGUACAUAAGCUGCCUAAAAGGAAAAAUGCCAAUAGAUCUUGUGAUCGAUGAUCGUGAGAGCACAAAACCACCGGAUCUUGGUAAUGGGCUCGAUGGUGGACCACGUAGUACAGCUGACAGUACGAGUCAUACUGAUGGAGCAAGUACACCGGACGUCAGGCCACCGUCCUCGUCACUGUCGUAUCCCGGUGCGGGAGCAAAUGACGACGCCAGGAGCCCAGGAAGUGGCGGUACCCCAGGACCACUCAGCCAACAAGCUCCUACCAGUCUCGACUCAUCAGAUCCCGACGCCAUGGGCAAAUGGUGUCCGCGUAGAGAAUGGAGUUCGCCGCCGGACGCACAAAGAGCAGCGAGUGAUGCGGCGAGACGUGGUGUUCUCUACUCUUCCGUCUUUCUCGGCAGCCCUGGUGAUGCGAGUAACGCGAGUAUCGGCAGUGGUGAGGGUACGGGUGAAGAGGACGACGAUUCGUCGGGUAAAAAGAACCAAAAGAAGAGAGGAAUUUUUCCAAAGGUUGCGACAAACAUCCUCAGGGCGUGGCUCUUUCAACACCUCACGCAUCCCUACCCCUCGGAAGACCAGAAGAAGCAGUUGGCACAGGACACGGGGCUGACGAUUCUUCAAGUCAACAACUGGUUUAUCAACGCGAGGCGUAGAAUCGUUCAACCCAUGAUCGAUCAGAGCAAUAGAGCCGUGUUUCCGCCAUUGUCCGCAGGUCCAAGCGGUGCAUACAGUCCGGACGCGACGAUGGGCUACAUGAUGGACGGACAAGCAGCCAGCAUGAUGCACCGGCCCCCUGGUGAUCCAACCUUCCACAACCAGUAUCAUUAUCCACCUGAAUAUUAUGGACACCACUUAUAAGGCUAAAAGCCUAGACAAAUGGUGCAGUAUAACCUGCGGCUGAAGGUGUCCACGGACCCCACGAGCCCUGAAAGAUCCUAAAAAUAAAAAGGAGCAUCCACAGAUCUCGCAGAAACGACACACGUCUCGGACCUGGAGUAUAUCCAUCCCGAGAACUCGCGGAAAAAUCGCGAAUGAAUCUCCAGUCCCGGAAGUGGUGAUGGCCAGUGUCCCUCCCCGCUCCAGUGACUCGAACGCCCGUCCUUUCAGCGUGAUGAUGCACUCAACGACCCAAUGAAAACCCCGUGAACCCCUAAAAAGCUUAAUAACGAGCAAGAGCGAGAAAAAAAAAUCAUCGAGGAGAGAAAAAUUCAAAAACGCGGCCAAAGGAUUUUGACAGGAAAGUGAAAGGAAAAAAUGUAUAUUUGCUCGUUGGAACGAAAAAGAAAUCGAGAACUAAAAAGAAUAAAUAAAAAAAUAAAUUCAUGUGAUUGUUCUUUGUACAAAUAUUGCGGUGUAAUAUUGUAGUGAUUGAGAUAUAAAUGUUAAAUUUUAAUACAAUCGCAAUCGACGAAAAAAUAAACGAGAGAGGGACUAUGUAAUUGAAAUAUAGUGAUAGUUAAAUUAGCGGGCAUGUACAUUACCUGGUGUUCCGCAAGACAUUAAAUAUGAGAAAAGUCUGCGCUCAGUGACUUUAAUAAUUCGAAACCCCUUGAAAAGGGUUGAGGAUACUUUUGCAGAAUAAAGUGAUGAAUUUAUAAAAAUUUCAUCAGUCGAAAUCAAUGGAUUUAAAUCAAUUGCGAGUAUAAAAAUUCAGUUUGUGUGUGACCAGAUACCCGCAGGCGUCGACAUUUUCUCGACUUAGGAGACAUUAAAAAUUUGUACAGUUCUUAAUUAUUAUUAAAUUUAAAUUUAAUAAAACCAACCGAAGUAAUGAAGGAAUACAUGUAUAAUAGUCUCCUCACUGUCAUUCGCCAUUUGAAUUCAUCAACAGGAUUCAGUUUAGUGACUCAAUAGUCAGUAAAUCAACAGUCGUGACCAGUUAAGGAUUGGUAUUCUGAAUUUGUUCAUUGAUUUGCGAAAAAUUGGGGAGAUAUGACAGUGAGGGAAGCACAGACGGGCGAACAGAGGCUACCACUCGUCCUAGUAAUAAUUAAAAAUUAAUAAUAACAAUUUACUAUAAUAUAUUGUGUAUAAAUAGGUAAUUGAAAAUUGAGAAAGGGAUGAUUUUUUUCGGAAAAAAUGGGGAGAAAAAAUAAUGGAAAACAUUAUAAUGGGAAGAAGCGUGAGAGAUUUCAACGGUGCGAAUGGAUGAGAAAGUGAGAGAUUAAUGAAAAUUAUUUGGGAGUUUUUUUUUCUCGUGUGGACAAGACUAAUACAAGAGCGAGUGGAAAGAAAAAAACAGUGAAAACGUACAAAAAAAAUGACAGGUAAAAUUUUAAUCCGGAUGAAGGACGAGAUUGGAGAGACGGGAAAGGCAAUGUAUCAUAACUAAAUAGGUAUAUUCGAAUUUUUAGAUAAUUAGGGCCUGAAAGUAUUUCGUUGACAUCCCUCUCGUUCGAACUUUUUUUAAAAAUUCAUUCGACGAAAUUUUUUUUUCUCCAGUUACAGACGUCCACAUCCCACCUUCGACUGAAUCCGUUCCUUCUUCCAUGAUUUUUUAAUACACAUGAUAAUUAUUUGUCAUUGUUUCGUCCCUUUAUUCACUCCCCUCUCCUCCCAACACUCCCACGAAAGGGUAAUUAUAUAUUUCUAUAUCGAGGUAAUUAUCGCGCGCGCGUCCUUCAUAUACGUAAAAGACAAUUUAACGGAGGGAUUAUCACAGAAAUGAUAUUAUUGUUGAAUUGAAACACUUGAAUCUUCGAUUGAAACUUAGUUAUUUACAUGAAACAUACGUGGGAAGGAUAUAUCAAUGACGAGACAUUCUUCAUUUUUCUUAUGGGAUAUGAGGAAGCACAAUCACUCUGGAUAUACGAGAAGAAAUUAAAUACAGGUAAAUGCAUACGUGAAAAUGUAUUUUUAGAAUUUCCAGUGAGUGAAGGAUUCAUCAGACAUGAAAUGUUAAUUCUGUCGAGUGAUAACAAAAAUUAAUAGAAAGACUAAUUUUUUGACGCGUAGAAUGUCCGCAGGACUGUGGUAUGUCCGGUGAAAUGUUAGUAGACAUUUCAUUCGUCCACUCGUCGUCGAUAUGAACCACUAGUUGCGGUCUUUUUCAUCGAUAAGGAUGUACAAAUAUGUCCCUUCACUCAUCUGAUUAAACGUGAAUUUUAAAUGUUCAAAAUCGACGGCUUUGGCUCAUCGAGUUUUUAUUCAUAAUCGACAGACAUAAUUUUUAUUUACAUCAGGAUUUUUGUCCACUACUCGAUACGUCAAUCUUUCUGACAUGUCUCGAGCCAGAGCCCAUCGAUGUCCUAGUAUACUGAAACAAAAAGUUUAAACAAAAUAAAUAAAAACACCCACGUAUACCGAAAGACUCAGGUGCAAAUGUCUACCAUUCAUCAUCUUGAUUAACUGGCGUUAGAAUCGUCUGUUUCGUGUCUCUCGAUUUGCAUUGAAAAAAUAUUUACCAAUCAGCGAGAUGUUUUUCCCACAGAACAAAUUAAUAGAUCAAUAAAAAUUACUAAUUAUUCAAUUCAUAUUCAAUUUUCCAUUUUUUCUGUAAAGAGUUAAAUUUUCCUUUUCUUUUUGGAGAUUCUCCCUUUUUUGCAUUCAUUGACCAACAAGUACUGAUGAAAUUUCCCGGAUCAAUCGUCCCCACCUUUAUCACGUGAAUCGAUAAAUUUUUCAUUUUAAUGAAAUUGUAUUUGUUGAUAAGUAGAUUAUUUAAUUUUGUUGUAAAAUCGAUUCAACAUGAUAACGGGUGUGACGAAGCGUGACUCAAACAUCUAGCUGAUUAUUUUGAUAUCAUUAAUCAUGACUGGAACCAGUUACCGUUGCUGUAGCCAACAGUGAUGUAAAAUUAUCAUUCGUUUCGUGCAUUGCGUUCCUAUCAGAAAUUUGCUAAUCACGAAUCAGGGACUGGGAUAGUGCGUUAACAAGCGUGAGAACACGGUAGCAUAAUUUCGAUAAUUUAAUCGAGAUUAUAUUUUUAUCGUUGAAAUUUUUUUUCAAUGUACAAUGAGCACAUGACGCGAUUCGACGCAUUGGCUGUUCGUUUAUGAAAUGAGUUCAUUCGAUUGAAUCAUCGCCUUAAAAAAUGUAUACGAAGUAACAGUUAAGGUAUCUAAGUAAUAAUCGUGUUAGAGGAUUUUAAAUCUAAACAGAUGAUUGAUGAAUUAAAUCCGAGUUUUUAUGCGCCGCGAUACGAGAAGAAAUGAUUUUAAAAAUGAUGAAAAAAAAUAAACAGAUGAUUGGAUGAUACUGUUGUGCGUACGUGCGUGUGGGUGUGAAUGUGUGAACAAGUGUUUCACUGCGAAUGACUGAUACUGUGAAGGGGAAGAAUCUUGAUGACAAAAAAAAAUAGAUAAAAACAAAACUGGAAUAAAUGAACUUGCUUGAGAGGGAGAGAGAGGAUGAUGAAACUUGAGAGAGUAAUGUAUAAUAAUUAUUGUAUAAUUAUGAAUGAUGAUAAUAUGAUUAUGACGUUCAUCAUAAUGAUAAAUGAUAAUGAUAAUGAUGAUGUAUAAUAAGCUAAAAUUUAUUGUAUCGGUAUGGAAUCAGAUUUUUUCCACUGUUUGCGCAUUGAUGACUAUUGACACCUAAGUAAAGAAUGGCAAAUAAAUUAAAGAAAAAAAAUAUUCAAAACA